GUGUCAGAAGAAACAUCAGAACCAUGAAGAAUACAAUAAAAUUUGAGGCGGCCAGCGACCUAUCAGAGGAGAUUAAAGCCGCCACCAAGGACAACCAUGUUCGAGCUGAAAACACAGAGCUGAUGCUGAGUUACCAGAAAGGGAAGAUCACCCUUCCUCAGUACAAGCUCCUGCUGUGCUCCCUCUACGAGAUCUACAAGGUGCUGGAAGAGGAGCUGGAUAAGAAUUGCGCCCACCCGGCGAUCGCACCGAUAUACUUCCCUCAGGAGCUGGACCGCCUGGAGAGUCUGGAGAGCGACAUGGAGCACUUUUUUGGCCCCGACUGGCGAGGGAAGGUGGUCGUUCCUGCGGCCACGCACGUCUACACUCAGAGGCUGCGGCAGGUUGGUAAAGAGAAUCCGACGCUGCUGGUGGCCCACGCUUACACUCGGUACCUGGGAGAUCUGUCAGGAGGACAGGUGUUGGGGAAAAUUACCCAGAAAUCCCUUGGGCUGUCGGGCAAAAAAGGGCUCUCAUUUUUCUCCUUCCCCGGCGUGAGCAGCCCGAACCGCUUCAAGCAGCUGUACAGGAGCCGCAUGAACAACAUGGACCUGAGCCAGGAGGAGAGGGAGGCCGUGCUGGAGGAGGCGGUCGCCGCCUUCGACUUCAACACUCAGGUUUUUGAUGACUUGCAGAAGCUUUUGGGUGUCGCAACAGAACAAUUGAAGAUCGACAAGGCCAGCUUCCCGUCGUUUCCCAGCAUGCACUUCACAGUCGGACUGUGUGUCAUAAUAAUGGCGACUGCGGGAAUGGUCCUUGGUACCUGGUAGUAUUUACUGUAAUGCACUCCAUCAUCAGUCUUCUGAACAUUUCUUAAUUAUAGUUGUAGGAGCCUAAAGGAUGUUUAAGUUAAUUUACAUUUUAUGGAACGUGCUUUAUGUUUAUUCAGCCAAAAUGUACUUUAUUUGCAUAAUACGAAAAUGUAUACAUGUAUAUUACAUGCUUAGAAUAAUUACAAGUAGGGAUGUCCGAUAAUGGCUUUUUGCCGAUAUCCGAUAUUCCGAUAUUGUCCAACUCUUUAAUUACCGAUACUGAUAUCAACCGAUACCAAUAUCAACCGAUAUAUGCAGUCGUGGAAUUAACACAUUAUUAUGCCUAAUUUGGACAACCAGGUAUGGUGCUUUUUAAAAAAAUUAAUAAAAUAAGAUAAAUAAAUUAAAAACAUUUUCUUGAAUAAAAAAGAAAGUAAAACAAUAUAAAAACAGUUACAUAGAAACUAGUAAUUAAUGAAAAUGAGUAAAAUUAACUGUUAAAGGUUAGUACUAUUAGUGGACCAGCAGCACGCACAAUCAUGUGUGCUUACGGACUGUAUCCCUGCAGACUGUAUUGAUAUAUAUUGAUAUAUAAUGUAAGAACCAGAAUAUUAGUAACAGAAAGAAACAACCCUUUUGUGUGAAUGAAUGUGAAAGGGGGAGGGAGGUUUUUUGGGUUGGUGCACUAAUUGUAAGUGUAUCUUGUGUUUUUUAUGUUGAUUGAAUAAAAAUAAAAAAAUUAAUAAAAAAACGAUACUGAUAAUUAAAAAAACGAUACCGAUAAUUUCCGAUAUUACAUUUUAACGCAUUUAUCGGCCAAUAAUAUCGGCAGGCCGAUAUUAUUGGACAUCUCUAAUUAUAAGGUACACUUUAUUUGUAAUUAUUAUAUUUGUCUGAAUAAUUUGAUGAUGUACUAUUUUAUACUGCUUUAAUACAGUGAAGAUUACGUAACUGUUUAAUUGUAUAUAUGGCGGAAGGAUCUGUGUGGUAAUAUGGUUUGGACACAAAGUAAUGUGGGUAAUGGCAGUCAGGUAUGGUGGAAUCGAGCCAUACAGUUUUUUGACCUUACUCUUACUUUUUCUAACUCUUUCUUACUGUAACAAACUCGCUUCAUUUUUUCAUUCAUUUGUUCCCACAUCGUUAUUGUUUUACGUUUUUGAAUGUUUAAGUUCACAAGUAAACGAUACAAAACGAA